GCAUAAUGACCCCUCCCAAUGUGAUCAAUGCAGUAUUCACGGUGCCCUCCUCUCCCUAUGUGGAGGGUAUGAGGGCCAACUACACCUGUACUGAUGGUUAUUACAGGGCCAGUGGAAGCUACAACUUACUGUGUUCUGGAGGCUCUUGGGUAGGACAGAGGAUAGUGUGUCAGCCUGGUUGUAAAAAGGCCCCCAGCAUCCAACACACCAUCAGAACUGGAGAUGGUCCCUAUAACAAUGGCUACUCUGUCAGCUACACAUGUCAGGCAGGAUUCAUUGAGACUCACGGUUCUAGAGUUCUGACAUGUCAGAAUGGAAUCUGGAUGGGAGAGCUGCUGGUCUGCCAGGCUGGGUGCUCAGGUCCUCCCCCCAGCAUUGCAAACACUGUGUUAGUGUCAGUGUCCACGCCAUAUGUAGAGACCACUAUCGCCACCUAUAGGUGUGCAUCUGGAUACCAAAGGAGUAGGGGCAGCUUCACAUUGGUUUGUAGGAACAGCAACUGGCAGGGGGCACUGUUACAGUGCACAGGUGCAGACACAGAUAGUUGCAGUGAACCCCCCUUCGUCACUGGAGCAACCAAUGAUGCCACUGGUGCCCCCUAUGCACAGGGCCAGCUUGUGCGCUAUUCCUGCACUGCUGGAAAUAUACCAGUAGGUGGCGCUGAGGUGUUGCGGUGCCAGUCUGGUGCAUGGGUAGGAGACAUUCUACAAUGCCAAGCGGGAUGUGCCGAGCCACCACCUUUCAUCUUCGGUGCCACAUACGUUGGGGCACCAAUCACUGGGAUGACAGGACCACAGGGGACCACUGGCCCCCAGGGUCGCCCAGCCCCGCCCUAUGUCACCCAGGGGACCCAGAUCCAGUAUACGUGUGACGUGAGAAGGGUCCAGACUGGAGGGUCCAGUGUACUAACCUGUAACAAUGGGAACUAUGUGGGAGAGAGGAUACGCUGUGAACUUGGAUGUAGUGGUACUCCACCAUCAAUAGGGUUUGCCGUCCAUGAUGGUAGUGCCCCCUAUAGGGAGGGAGAUGUUAUUACAUACAGCUGUGUUGAGGGAGCGCGUCAAGUAGGUGGCAGUAACUCUCUGACCUGCCUCCAGGGGGCAUUCCAGGGCACAAGGAUAAUUUGUCAAAGAAAUGUAACCCCAAGCAAUCAGUGUUCAGCGCCACCUACAAUUAUGUUUGCUCAACACAAUGGAGUAGGAACUUUAUUCACAGAUGGUGCUGUUAUCACCUACAGUUGUGUUUCAUCAUAUGUCCAGAUAGGAGGAGAUGCAGAGUUGACCUGCAGGAAUAGACAGUGGGUGGGAAGCCGUAUUCAGUGCACACUUGGCUGUGUAAUGGCACCCCCAGAAAUCAUGAAUGCGGUGUACACCAUAGAGCAGGCACCCUAUGUUGAUGGUAUGAGAGCAGUGUACUCCUGUAGUGAAGGCUUCUACAGGGUCAGUGGGAACUACAACUUGUUGUGCUCUGGGGGGUCUUGGACUGGUCAGAGAAUAGUGUGUCAGCCUGGUUGUAAAGAGGCCCCCAGCAUCCAACACACCAUCAGAACUGGAGAUGGUCCCUAUAACAAUGGCUACUCUGUCAGCUACACAUGUCAGGCAGGAUUCAUUGAGACACAUGGAUCUAGAGUGCUGACAUGUGAAAAUGGAAUCUGGAUGGGAGAGCUGCUUGUCUGCCAGGAUGGUUGCUUACAACAGCCACCAACCCUGCCCAAUGCUAUAUUAUCAUCUGUGUCCACUCCAUAUGUAGAGACUACUAUCGCCACCUAUAGGUGUGCUCCAGGGUAUCAAAGAACUGCUGGCAGCUACAUGUUAGUCUGUAUGAAUAAAAACUGGCAAGGAGCACCACUGCAAUGCUCAGCUCUUGGAAGUGUCCAGGGUGUAGGAGUCAUAGGCGGCAACACUUUGUCCCCCUUCCUGAAUUUCCCAAGCUUCACAAGGCAGCCUCUGGCAUUCCCAGUUACAGAGAGCCCACUCACUGUGGGGACCACUGUGGGGAGAAGCUCCACAGGGGCAGGGGCAGGUGGCACAGGUGGAGGAACGACUGGAACUGGUUCUGGUACAGUUGGAUCUGGUACAUCGGUCUCAGGAACAAUUGGAUCUGGUUCUGGUGGAAUUGGUUCUGGUUCUGGAAUGGCAGGAUCUGGAAGCAUUACUGUAAUUGGACCUGGUUCAGGCUCAGUUGGAAUUGGCACUGGUUCAUCAGGAGGAGGAGGUGGUACAGGAGGAAGUGGAGGUAGUGCAGGUGGCACAACCAUCAUUGGAGGAACAGGGGGUAUUUCAAGUGGGACAACCAUCAUUGGAGGAACUGGGGGUAGUUCAGGUGGGACAACCAUCAUUGGAGGAACUGGAGGUAGUUUGGGUGGCACAACCAUCAUUGGAGGAACUGGAGGUAGUUCAAGUGGGACAACCAUCAUUGGGGGAACUGGGGGUAGUUCAGGUGGGACAACCAUCAUUGGAGGAACUGGAGGUAGUUCAAGUGGCACAACCAUCAUUGGAGGAACUGGAGGUAGUUCAAGUGGGACAACCAUCAUUGGAGGAACUGGUCAAACUGGCCACUGGCAUGUCUACAAUGUAAACACAGGUGUUCUUGGUCCACUGCCUGGUCAAACAGAUGGGCACUGGCAUCUAAAUGGAGGUACUGGCCAGACCACUGGUCAGUCACAAGGACAGGCCUCUAGUACAGGACACUGGCAUGUGUACAACUACAACAACCCUCCUAUUUCAAACAGUGGGGCCUUCGAUACCGGGAUCCCUGCAUUUAAUUAUGGAUCACAAUACAGUGGCAGCGGUGGGACGGGCACCUCUGGUGCAGGUGGCACUGGUUACAUCUUAGUUGGUACCCCAGGAAAUCAGAGGUGGGUGCUGUCUGGCAGUGUGGGUGGAACUGGAGGGUAUAAUUACUACAGCAGCACUGGCACAGUGAAUGGUGGUUACAUUGGUGGCAGCAGCGGGACGGGUUACAUUGGUGGCACAGGAACUAUAAGAAUCUACCACAAUGGACCUGAUGUUGUCCUUGGUGGUACCACAACAGGAGACACUGUGAACAGUGGAACUGGCAUGAGAAAUGAUGGCAACACAGGAAGUGGUUCCAAUGAAGGAGGAAGCACCACAGGAGGAAGUGGUUCCUCUGGUUUUCAAAGCAGCACAGGAGUUGUGAGCACAGGAAUGAUAGGUUUCCGCCCAAGCGGUGGGACAGACCAACCCACUCCAGGUGGAACACAGGGCGAAACUGGGUCAAGUAACUCUAAGCUGGCCAAUAGUGUAAUAGGUCAAAGCUCAUUAAGUGCAUUUGGUGUGUUCCCUGGGAUGUCCCCCUCUGUCUGGCCAGGGGGGUCAAGUGGUCCAAGGUCAAGGGUCAGCAGGUCAACAGAGACUGAGGUGUCACAGGACUAGACUCUUAUAAACUUACAUUUAUGCUCAUUUGUAUUUUGAUUUUAAGAUAAGUGAUAAGCUCUGCUUACUGUAGUUGAAUGAUCUGGUGGAUAACAUGUAAUUUAUGGUAACUUUCAGUAUUGUGCAUUUUCCUAGUCCACUGGGUAGUUCUUAGGACACAGUUGAUGUAUCUUAUUUUGUUCUAGUAAGGGACCCAGAAAAAUGUAGCCUACUUGAUAUUAAUAGUCCAUUCAUUUGAGGAUGCUGUAAAAUUCAAUUGCUGAAUCAACAAUUUUCCUUAAAGAGCACUUGAACUUGGCAUAGUAAUACCGUCAUUCGUGUGUUUUGAAAUCUCCAAAUGGUGUUCCUGACUUAAAACAUAUUAUCAAUUUUUGUAAAGAUAAACAUUUUUCAGCAUGAAAAAGCCUUAGUAAAAGGGGGUAAAGAAAUGUACCUAAUAAUUACUUAUUUCUUUGCUUCGAUCAUGGUAACUGUAAUCACUUCAUAUCCCAAUUUGGCAAUAGCGUUGUGUAUUUUAUGAUUGUCUGAAUAUUUUUGUAUGGGCAAUAUUAUUUUGAUUAUACUGCUUCCCAGAGACA